AAGUGUGUGUCUGUGUGCCAGUCAGUCACUGCGUCGGGUCCAUCUGCACAACUCCUUGUCUUCCUCUUUUUUUCCCCCCCUUCCCUUCUUUCGGGUUUCUCUCUGCUCGUGUUUACUCCUUUUUUUUUUUUCACCCCCCCCCUCCCAUUCAUCUGCUUCUCAAUCCAGCAAAGACAGAGGCACACAAGCACGUCUUGCUCCUGCCAUGGAAAUACUACAGUAAUACGACCCACAUUUAGGGGGGGACACAAGGAGAGGACAACUCCUUCUAGUCCUUCUGGAUAUCCUUAUACCUUGGACUAUACAGUGACACUUUUUUUUGGUGGAUAUGUCAGUCAUGGAUGACACUGGCGUUCAUAAAGCAAUUUGGGAUGGUGAUGCCAAAGCUGUUCAGCAAUGUCUGACGGAUAUAUUUACAAGCGUCUACACCACGUGUGACAUCCCAGAAAAUGCCAUCUUUGGUCCCUGCGUGCUGAGCCACACUUCGCUGUAUGACAGUAUAGCCUUCAUCGCCCUCAAAUCUACUGAUAAGAGGACAGUACCCUACAUAUUCCGGGUGGACACUUCAGCUGCAAAUGGAUCCUCUGAGGGACUGAUGUGGCUCCGUCUGGUUCAGUCUGCUAGAAACAAAGAAGAACAAAAUCUGGAAGCCUACAUCAAAAACGGACAACUGUUCUACAGAUCCCUGCGCAGGAUUUCCAAAGACGAGGAACUGUUAGUUUGGUAUGGGAAGGAACUGAUUGAUCUGCUUCUUCUCAACCCCAGCAGGACCCAAGCAAAAACUGCAGGAUCAUCUCAGUUGACCUGUUUGGAGUGUAACCAGAGGUUCCAGUAUGAUUUCCCCUAUGCCGCUCAUGUGAGAUUUCGCUGUCCUAAGAGACUCCACACUUUAGAUUCCAACUCAGAGCAACCAGGCAAGGACACUAGGGAAAUAGAGCCUCGAAACGCCAUGAUCUCUACAGUCAAAUACAACAAACUUUCAAUUUACCAGCCUCAAAAAGAGAAUCACAAGCCCACCACAGACUUUCAUAACUUGGCCAGAGACUUGGAGAAUUGUAGAGGCUCUAGUUCAUCUUCGUUCCGGUCUACUCCUUCACCCAAGUCUAAUUUAUCAAGACAGGACUCUGAGAGCACCGCUGAGAGUCUCCAUAAAGCCAAAAGAAAGUAUGAUGACCACCUGGAGGACAUCAGAUCCAAAAGGAUUGACCCAUCUGGGAGGUUUCUGGACAGGCCAACGCCUUCUUCCAAAGAGGAUUUAGUGUGCAGCCCUCAGUCUUUUAGAGGGAACUCUUACUUCAAUGUGAAUGAAGGUGGACAGUUAUAUGCUCCUCCAAGCCCAGAGACAGGAGAAGCCAAAAGAAGUGCUUUUGUAGAAGUAAAAAAUUCAUCAAGAGGAGUUGAAGAAAAUAAUUCAAGCACAGAUGGCAAAUCUAUAUCUCCUGCCCAUGCCAGCAGCCCAAAUGAAGACAAAAGGCUACAUGUCAGGCCGGAAAACCGAGCAGGGGACAGCCCUAUCAUGGGCAGUGCUUUUACCAGUGUAGCCCAGAUAUCAAACCCAGAGCAGGAGAGAAAAAGUGCUUUUUCUCAGCCAACCAGAAGCAGCUUCAACCAUGUAGCCCCUUUGCAGGUGAUGGGACAAAAACUGGUGUCUAGUGGGGUAGGCUUGGAUUGCCACACAGACAGCGUUGGGCAACCAAGGCUGUUCCAGACUGACUCUCUAUCACUCAAGAUGUCAAACCCUGAACUGAAUGGCAACUGCACACUUCCAGGAAGCUUGCCAAAACAAAGUCCAUUCCUCUUUGCCACCACGUUUUGGCCAAAGAGCUCAGCUGCACCUCUCCAGCUGCAGCUGCCUUCUACACUUACUCUAUUGCCUCCUUCUUUCACCUCUUUAUGCCUGCCAGCUCAAAACUGGUGUGCCAAAUGCAACGCUUCUUUCAGGAUGACCUCGGACCUAGUGUAUCAUAUGAGGUCCCACCACAAAAAGGAAUAUGCCAUGGAACCCCUGGUGAAGAGGAGGAGAGAGGAGAAACUCAAGUGCCCCAUAUGCAAUGAGUCCUUCAGGGAACGUCACCACCUAUCAAGGCACAUGACCUCUCACAAUUGAACUUUUGAAUAACUUUGCUACUAGAACUUUUAAAGACUCACACACAGUGACAACACAGGGUCAUGGAUGUCUUGAUCCUACCUUGAGUGUGUUGGGUUGUUUUCUUUAUCUGAAUGCACGCAUUUUCACUUUCCAAGAGUACAUUUUUUAAAAAUGUCAUAUAUAUUGCAGCAUAUUGAUGCAUUUGUCAUAUCUUUCUACUUUAAAUUAUGGAGCACUUAUGAUUUAGAUGUUAAUGUAUUUAAAGGGUUAUGUUUACCUUAUCAGACAGCACCUGGGUGGGACAUAGUUAGCUUGUGCAUUACCUGCUGGCCUGUUCUCACCUAAACAAUCAGUGUGGAUAUUACAGUGGACGUUGCAAUGACCAAGGCGAUGCAUGACUUAUAUCACACAACUGUAUGGACUUCAGACAGACUGUCAUCAACGUGUAUUUCUUUUUGAAACAAAGUGUAAUUUUGUGCCAGUUGCAACCUUAUUCUUUUUCUUUUCCCCAUAUCCCUCAAACUAAAGGAAAAAAAAAAAAGAUUUUAUUAAACUGUAUAGUUUAUCUGAGUAUGUUGAAUGCUUUGACAAUAAAUUGCUUUAUUUUCUGCUAACCA